CACCACAUGGAACUACGGAACCUCACAGGAUUUUCAGAAUUUCUUCUUCUGGGAUUAUCAGAGGAAGCAGAACUGCAGCCCCUCAUAUUUGGGCUUUUCCUCUCCAUGUACCUGGUCACUGUGUUGGGAAACCUGCUCAUCAUCCUGGCCGUCAGCUCUGACUCCCACCUCCACACACCCAUGUACUUCUUCCUCUGCAACCUGUCCUUGGUAGACAUCUUUUUCACUUCUACCACUGUCCCAAAGAUGCUGUGGAACAUCCAGAAACAAAACAAAGCCAUAACCUAUGGGGGCUGCAUCACCCAGAUGUAUUAUUUCAUAUUGUUUGUGGGAAUGGACAGCUUCCUCCUGACUGUAAUGGCCUAUGACCGGUUUGUGGCCAUCUGCCACCCCCUGCACUACAUGGUCAUCAUGAACCCCCGGCUCUGUGGACUGCUGGUUCUGGUGGCCUGGAUCAUAAGUGGCCUGCAUUCCUUGUUACAAUGCUUAAUGGUGUUGCAGCUGUCUUUCUGUCCUGAGUUGAAAAUCCCACACUUUUUCUGUGAACUCAAUCAGAUGAUUGAACUUGCGUGUUCUGACACCUUUCUUACUAAAAUGGUGAUGUAUUUCGGAGCUAUGCUCUUGGGUGGUGGUCCCUUUGCUGGUAUCCUUUAUUCUUACUCUAAGAUAGUGUCCUCUAUAUGUACAAUCCCAUCAGCUCAGGGGAAGUAUAAGGCAUUUUCUACUUGUGUGUCUCACCUCUCAGUUGUCUGCUUAUUUUAUGGAACAGGUGCCAUAGGCGUGUACCUCAGUUCUGCUUUUACCCAGAGCUCACACUCAAAUGCAGCUGCCUCAGUGAUGUACACAGUGGUCACAUCCAUGCUGAACCCUUUUAUCUACAGUCUCAGGAACCAAGACAUGAAAAGGGCUCUGAAAAGAUUUCUUGGGAUGGUAGCUAUAAAAGGUCUAGUUGUCCUAGGGUUGAAGAAAUGCACAUGA